AUGGAUGACUGGAAAAGUCGACUUGUAGUCAAGAGCAUGCUUCCCCAUUUCGCCGUGGUGGGAAAUCGUCAGGAGCCCAGAAAGCUCCAAGAAUCGGGAACCACUAAGCGGAGGCAGGAAGGAGAAGAUUUCCAGCUUUCAGGCAUGGGCGACGAAGGUUACCCUAAUCAAAUCAAGAGACCAUGCCUUGAAGAUGUCACCCUUUCAAUGGGCCCGGGUGCCCAUCCCAGCACAGCCUGUGCACAGCUGCAAGUUCCUGCGUUACCCAUGAACCCUAGUUCUGCAGCAAUGGCAGCCCCUGGCCAUCCGUUACUACUGGACAAUAGCCCCAGGAAUGGCAGCGUCAUGGGCCCACCAUUUGCAGGGCCACCAACAGCAGAAAUGGGAGUGAAAGGCCCCUCUAUUCCUUACUAUGACAAAACCAACAGUGCACCGGCUGUGGAUCAGGAACUUCAAGAUCUGCUGGAGGAGCUCACAGAAAUUCAAGAAUCUUCUCAGAGUGAGCUCGAUCUUGAGAAAAUCCUGGGGACCAAGCCGGAAGAACCGCUGGUCUUACACCACCACCCACCGGCAACCUUAGGCGCGACGGCCAAGCCCACGGUUCAGAUGCCACGCUUGGAGAGCCUCAGUUCCGGCAAGGACUUUGCUUCCAGUUGCAGCCAGGUCACUGGGGUGUCGCUUCAGAUCCCACCCUCCUCUGCGGGGCUCAGCUAUGCAAUUACGCCUGCCAGUAAGCAGAUGGCCUCCCCAAGUUCCUCGACUGUGCAGGCCAAGAAUCAGGCCCAGGUGACACUCUCAGCUGCCCUACCGCCACUCCCAGUGUCUCAGUGGCAUCAUGCCCACCAGCUGAAAGCGCUGGCGGCCAGCAAGCAGGGCUCCAGUAAGAAGCAGCUGGGCCCCACCACCAGUUGGUCUGCCCUGCCUCCUUCUGGCCUCUCCCCACCUUACCAGCCAGUGCCCGUGGUCUCACCACAGCCGCUGUCGCCCUUCAGCCCUCAGGGGCUCAUGGUGUCCUGUAUGUCAUCGAACAGCCUGCCGGGGAGCACCCUCCAGGGCUCUCCCAAUGCCUUACUGUCCAGCCUGGCGCCCAGCAGCAGCACUGUCCUUGGGCCGGCCAGGCCCUACGUGCCGGAGAAGUUCCCUAGCCCCACGCUCCAGCAGCCACCACCAUUUAGCGCGCAGACCUCCAUCCUUGCCAACCUGGUGUCCUCUUCCAUCAAACACCCUCAGGGGCACCUGAUGUCUGCUCUGCCCACCAGCAACACGGGGCCCUUAACCCCCUAUCGCCCAGAGACACUGUCUAGCCCAGGCCUGCCCCAGCAGUCCUUCACUGCACAGUGCCCCCUGAUUCAGGGCCUCACCACCUCCACUCAUCCGCUCUGCCAGCCGCAGCCACCAGCCAAUGCUAUCUACAAGCCCAAAACCCUGAGCAUGAUCAUGCAGCAGGGCCUGACCAGCCCCAGCCCGGGAGCCUCAGAGCCCUUUCCUUUUGGCCACACCAAGCCCUUGUCACAUUUCAUCUCUGAGCCAGGCCCCCAGAAGAUGCCGUCAGUGCCCACCACAGCUCGGCAGCCUGCCUUGCUGCACUACCUGCAGCAGCCCACACCACCACCGGCCUCUUCUGCCACGGCCUCGUCCACGGCCACCUUGCAGCUGCAGCAGCAGCCGGAUCUUUCUUCAUUCCUCCUGCAGCAUGUGACACAGCAACCACAGCGCUUUCAGCGGUCUCUGGCCUCGGGGGAUUCCAUGCCUUCUCUGCCCAGACAGCGAGAGAAGCAGAGAUCAGGUCUUAUGGCAAUGACCCCUGAACAGCGCAGUUCACGUAUCGCCCAACGGAUGAGUCAAUUUCAAGCCAUCCAAGAUCAAGUCAUCUCUAAGUAUAGCCGGACCAAGGCAAGCUCCCCACCCAGCCAGUGCAUGAUACCACCCAGAGCUGGGCUCCUUCAUAGCAGUCUGAGUUCAGGAAUGGCCUCACCCAUCAGGCAGCAGAGCCAGGAGACCAUGGGCAUGCUCUCACCAAUCCCCCACAGCCAGCAGGGGAUUUUCAGCUUCAGACCCCCGUUUCCCACACCCUCACAAUUGGGCCACAACCCCCUGGGCAGCCUCGGCUCCAUCUACCAGCACAUGGGGAUACCCAAGGCUGCACCUACAGGAGUGCCCCUGCCUAGAUUCUAUGCCAGGCCCCUGGGCAGCCAGGCCCUGGGUCCUCACCAUCUCAGACAGCCGCAUAUGUCAGGAAUGUCCACCGUACUCCACAGCACUUCCUGGGUGGUGGCAGCAGCAUCUCUGCACACCCCAGUCUUGAGGGAGCCACCCCCAAACCAAGCAGCUCAUGGCAUGCAGCAGCAUUAUGAUAGCAUUGUGUCCCCUAGUCGGGUGGCCCUAGAAGGCAGACCUAGCCAGAAGGUGGGUCCUGCGCCCGCCAAGCCCAGCUUCAGCCUGCUAGGCAACAAGAGUGUCAGGCAGAGCCCGGUGCAGGGCCCCGUGCCCACACCACAUGCCACCAAGUCCCUCCAGAAAAGUAUGGUCAGCUUCGGGCCUGAGAGUCCCAUCCAGGCCAUCGAGCCACCAAGCUCUGUGGCUGCUGCUGCUGCCCCCUCCAUCGUGGCUGCCGGCCAGUCCCCGGCCAGUCCCUGUGACAGAACAGGGAGCCCAUCUGAGUCGUCGUCCCAGUCCCCACUGGACGAUCUUAUUUCACUUCCUGACUGUUCUGAAGUGGAUUUCGACACUUUCAUGAUGGAUUCCACCGAGAGCCCAGAUGAAGACUGGAUGGGCAACCUGAGGCUGAUCAGUGGCACUGUAGAAGACCAGGCUGCUGACAAGGGUGCCAAGGCCCAGAGUGUGGGCCACGUCCCCCAGAAUGCUGACAAGCUUUAAAUGCCCUAGAAACCUCCACGUGGCCAUCACUCUGGGGAGUGAUGUGAGUCCAUAGCAAAUUUACCACUGGCCCCACACAGCCACAUGCUUAUUGCCUCAUUACAAUUUGAGGGGCGGCAGCCCACACCCAUCCCUCUCUCUACCUGUGACAAAAUGGAAGUCUGGUGAUUUUUCAAGCUACCUGUACAUAUCUGAAAAUUUUGUACAUGGUUUUCCUAAACGUUCAUGACAGAAGUGUUUAUACUGCGUUUUGUGAGUUUGUAAUUAAGAUGACGGCUUUCGUUUCAACAGAGUUGUGUUUAUUAUGCCAUUGUCCGUGUGUAUUCUACAUUGUUCAAAUAUGCAGACUGUGUUGUUCACUCCAGCCAUACCUUAUCAAACCAGGUGGCGGAGUUGCUUGCGCUUUUGAUGCAAUGGUGGAUGUGACCAAGAGAUGUUGUGCAAACUGACAAAUGCCAAAUAGAAACUCACUUGGCCAUCUAUUCCCGUUUCCACUAAAACUUCUAUCGCCCAGUGUGAUUCUUAAUGUCUUUUGCAAACCUUGCAGCAUUUUCUAGCUCUUUCCUGAUGAGCCUGUUACAGCACAAGCCAUUUAAUCAUUAAGUAGCCUGCAGAGGAAUUAUUUGCCAGGAGGUAGAGAGUUCUGGCGGAAAAGGCAAUGGCACCCCACUCCAGUACUCUUGCCUGGCAAAUCCUAUGGAUGGAGGAGCCUGGUAGUCUGCAGUCUGUGGGGUCGCAAAGAGUCUGACACGACUGAGGGACUUCCCUUUCACUUUUCACUUUCAUGCAUUGGAGAAGGAAAUGUCAACCCACUCCAGUGUUCUUGCUUGGAGAAUCCCAGGGACGGGGGAGCCUGGUGGACUGCCGUCUAUGGGGUCACACAGAGUCGGACACGACUGAAGUGACUUAGCAGCAGCUGAAAGUUCUGGAUAUUUGAGAGAAGCAAAGAGGGUUUGUGAGCUGGGCAUCUCUGAGGGUUCUACCCUUUAUCACUCAGACAGUUUGUACUACUCUAACAGGCACCUUGCAGGGUGGAGGCAAGAUGCUCCUGAUUUAAGGCCUUUCAGUAUUUGUUCUGAUGUAAGGCUCUGUGGUCUGGGGGAAAAAAUGAGUCUGUAAACAUGAAUAGGUGAUUUGGGUUUUGUCACUGAUGUUUUCUAUUUGCAGUUUUCAUCACAUAUGUUUAAGUGUCUUACAGAAAACCCACACCCACUGUCCUGUAAACUUUUGUCAAUGUCCAGACUCUGUGUAAUGACAUUUUAAUUGCCACCUGGUAUUUUGCCUCUGCAUUUGA